AUGGCGGACCAGCUCACCGACGACCAGAUCGCCGAGUUCAAGGAGGCCUUCAGCCUCUUCGACAAGGACGGCGACGGUUGCAUCACAACCAAGGAGCUCGGAACUGUCAUGCGUUCACUGGGUCAGAACCCAACCGAGGCUGAGCUCCAGGACAUGAUCAACGAGGUCGAUGCCGAUGGCAAUGGAACCAUCGACUUCCCUGAGUUCCUCAACCUCAUGGCCCGCAAGAUGAAGGACACCGACUCCGAGGAGGAGCUCAAGGAGGCGUUCAGGGUGUUCGACAAAGACCAGAACGGCUUCAUCUCUGCCGCGGAGCUCCGCCACGUGAUGACCAACCUUGGCGAGAAGCUGACCGACGAGGAGGUCGAUGAGAUGAUCCGUGAAGCCGACGUCGACGGUGAUGGCCAGAUCAACUACGAGGAAUUCGUCAAGGUCAUGAUGGCCAAGUGA